AUGCAGACGACAGGGUCAAAUGCAGACAACAGAAGGUCAAAUGCAGACGACAGGGUCAAAUACAGACGACAGAAGGUCAAAUACAGACGACAGAGGGUCAAACGCAGACAACAGAGGGUCAAACGCAGACGACAGAGGGUCAAACGCAGACAACAGAGGGUCAAACGCAGACAACAGAGGGUCAAACGCAGACGACAGGGUCAAACGCAGACGACAGGGUCAAAUGCAGACGACAGAAGGUCAAAUGCAGACAACAGAGGGUCAAACGCAGACAACAGAGGGUCAAACGCAGACAACAGAGGGUCAAAAGUAGACGACAGAGGGUCAAAUGCAGACGACAGAGGGUCAAAUGCAGACGACAGAAGGUCAAAUGCAGACGACAGAAGGUCAAAUGCAGACGACAGAAGGUCAAAUGCAGACGACAGAAGGUCAAAUGCAGACGACAGAAGCCACAGAAACACACACAUGCCCCAGCUCCUCCCACCUGAGCGCUCCAAUCACAUCACCCCCUGA